AGCCGUAAAACUACACGUGGCAUUUAAUAUAGCCUGGAAAUUCCAUUCGUGUUUUGCAUCUCAACAUCGCCGCCUUUGGUGUGUAAGGAAAGGAAAGGCAAAGGAGUUUCCCACCAAGUUAGCGUCAUCAUCAGCGAACGCCCAUCUCUUCCAAAAUUCCAUACUCCUCAUUAUCAUCUAAUCCACAAACGUACCUCUUUCUUUCUUUUCUUUUCUUUUCUUUUCUUUUCUUCCUUCCUUCCAAAUGGACUCCACCUCCACCCCUUUGAACUGGGAAGCUCUCGAUGCCCUAAUCAUCGACUUCGCCAGAUCAGAGAACUUGAUUGAAGAUUCCCUUUCUUCCUCCCCUCCUUCUUCCCCUUCCUCCCUUUCUUCCUCCUCUUACCAUUCCAGGUUGAUCAUCCGCCAGAUCAGACGCUCUUUGGAGGCCGGUCAUAUCGACUCCGCCAUCGAUCUCCUCCGUCUUCAUGCACCCUUCAUUCUCGACGACCAUAGGCUUCUUUUUCGGUUGCAGAAGCAGAAAUUUAUUGAGCUUUUGAGGAAAGGGACUCCAGAGGAUCGAGAUUUGGCCAUUCAAUGCCUUCGGACUGCACUCGCUCCUUGUGCUCUUGAUGCAUACCCGGCGUAUGAGGAGUUCAAGCAUGUUCUUCUUGCCUUCAUUUAUGACAAGGAUAAUCAAACUUCCCCAGUGACAUAUGAGUGGUGUGAAAGGAGGAGGUUUGAUAUUGCUGGAUUAAUGUCCUCGGUCCUACGAGCUCAUAUGCAGGCAUACGAUCCAGUCUUCUCAAUGACUUUGAGAUACUUGAUAAGCAUACAUAAGGGUUUUUGCUUUCGUGAAGGUGUGUCGUCUCCCAUAUCAGAUCUCACCGAGAGGUUGCUUCUAGAUGAACGCGAUCCACCUGCCACACCUAAGGAGAGUCUGUACGAAGCUCCUCCAUUUGAUGAGGUGGACAUUCAAGCUCUUGCACAUGCUGUAGAGCUAACAAGGCAGGGGGCAAUUGAUAGUUUGAGAUUUACCAAAGGGGAUUUGUUUCAUGCAUUCCAGAAUGAGUUGUGCCGGAUGAAAUUGGACCUUUCUGUUCUCGAUGAGCUCGUUCGUGAAUAUUGCAUCUACAGAGGAAUUGUGGAUUCAGGUCGAGGAGCCCUCUCUGGGAUGCAGAAUCUCUCUAGUUCAUCGAAAGCUAAUCAAUCUGAGCAGGAGUAUUGUUCUAGGAAUUGUUCUUUUGAAGUUGACUACACAACCAGUAAACUUUCGGAUGGUGAAAUUUCUGUUAGCAAUUCCCGUGUGGAUAGUUCUCCUGAAAAUACUGCUGAUGUGACCAGUUCACAAGGUACUGAUAUUGAACUUAGAUAUGCAUCGGAGCCAACGUCCAAUCGAGAAGAUUGUAGCACUAGUGAUUCAGUUCAUGUGGGAAAUUCAAGAAUGUUACAAGUGAACAAGAAUCGAGGGAUUGUAGAGAGGAGCAAGAGAAAGAGAUGGAGAGGAAGACUUGAUGAUACAGAACUUCAUGAUGUGUCUUACAGUGGGUGCAGUAAACAAGAACUUAGCGCUACAACCAUGUCCAAGGAACAACAGAACCUUGAAAAACAUAUACCAGUAGAGUCUACUGGCAAGGAGGAUAAAUAUGAAAUUGUCUUGGGCAUUAGAGAACUGGCAAGUAAAAGGUUUGCUGCAGAGGUUGUGGAAGAAAUUAAUGCCGUGGAUCCGAACUUUUUUUCACAAAAUCCUAUUCUCCUAUUCCAACUUAAGCAGGUUGAAUUUUUGAAGCUGGUUAGUUCUGGCGAUUAUUCCAGUGCAUUGAGGGUCGCAUGCACUCACUUGGGCCCAUUAGCCACUAAUGAUCCUUCCUUGUUGAAGCAAUUAAAGGAGACUUUGUUGGCUUUGCUCCUGCCCAAGGAAGAUAUUCUUGGGAAAGGCUUCCCUAUAAAUGCUCUUGCUAAUUCUCUCCAGGUUGCUGUUGGAAGGAGACUUGGUAUUGAAGAGCCACAACUAAUGAAGUUGAUGAGAGCCACACUUCACUCUCAUAGUGAAUGGUUUAAACUUCAAAUGUGCAAGGAUCGGUUUGAAGGUCUUUUGAAGAUUGAUUUGUUGAAGGAAGUUAAUCCACCUUUGCUUUCUACUACCGCUGGGCUACUGAAAUCAAAUUCAGAUAGUUGCAGCCACGGUUCUUCCCAAGUCACAAAAUCUCUGGGUGCAAGAACCUCAGAAGAUGGUAGCAGUCCCACACAAGCAUCAUCUAGAGAUGCAUGUGACGAAAAUGCAAUACUUAAAGUCAUGGAGUUUCUUGCCUUGCCCAGGGCUGAUGCAAUCCAUCUUCUUGCGCAGUAUAAUGGAAAUGCAGAAAUGGUGAUACAGCAAAUAUUUGCAUGAGUUGGUUUGGUUUGUAAAAGUCGUAGCUUUAUGAUGGGGGUUCAUUUGUUUAUUAUUUACCCAACAUUAUUUCAUUCAUUGUGUAAAAUACUUGUAUACCAUAUUUGUAUAUGUGUAGAGCUUUAAUGUAUAUAACGUCCGUCAUCCCUUGUGUUCUCUCAUUAUAUGUAUGGGGCUGGUGGAUGUGUGUAAUCGAGCAGUUCGAAAAUAUGUAACUAAGCUAUGUGCAUAAGAAUGGAUUACAUAAUCAGAUCACAUCAACUGCAAA